AUGCUGAACGUCAUGGCGGCCGCGACGACGACGACGGCGGACCCUCUUUCGACGAACGGCGCCGCUGGGGGGGGCAACUCGAGCGGGACCCCCGGGGGCAACGUCACGACCGCCCCCGCCGGCGACCCCACCGUGGAGAACCUCCCGGAGAACGUGGGCGUCCUCGUGGUUAUCUUGAAGGGCGUCGUGAUGGGCACCAUCAUCACCACCGCCGUAUUGGGGAACGCCCUGGUGAUCGCCAGCGUUCGCCGGCAUCGAAGGCUCAGGGUUGUCACCAACUGCUACGUGGUCAGCCUGGCUGCUGCCGAUCUGCUGGUCGCCAUCUGCGCCAUGACGUUCAACGCCUCCGUCGAGCUCUCCGGGGGACGCUGGCUGCUGGGAAGGUUCAUGUGCGACGUCUGGAACUCCCUCGACGUCUACUUCUCGACCGUGUCGAUCUGGCACCUCUGCUGCAUCAGCGUCGACCGGUACUACGCCAUCGUCAGCCCCCUGGAGUACACGGUCAUCAUGCGCCAGGGUACCGUCGGAUGCAUGCUGGGCAGCGCCUGGGUCCUGCCGGCGCUUCUUAGCUUCACUCCCAUCUUCACCGGGUGGUACACCACCAAGGAGCAUCUCGAGUUCAUGCUCGACAACCCCGAGACCUGCGUCUUCGUCGUCAACCGAACCUACGCCGUCAUCAGCUCCUCCGUGUCCUUCUGGUUCCCCGGGCUGGUCAUGAUCGUCAUGUACUGCAAGAUCUACAAGGAGGCCGUGCGCCAGAGGAAGGCGCUCAGCAAGACCUCCAGCAACAUCGUCCUGAACAGCGUCCACCGGCAUCGCUCCUCCACCAGGCAGCAUCAUCAUCAGCUCCUCCAGGCCGCUGCUGACACCGGUGAGCUGGCUCUCCAUACCGCACAAUUCAGGGCACCUGCCGAGCUCCUCGCCAUUAACGAAUGA